GUGUGUGUUAAACUCACUCAUCCCACUCCCUUGCUUGGAAAUCUGUUCAUUCAAACAGUUCUAGCCGCUUGUAAGAGAGCUCCUGCCCUAGAGGGUGGAUCAGGUCCAUGCCAGCACAGCCAGACAGACAGCCUGUCUCCUUUAAGAUGUAUGUGAGGAAGCCGACUCUGGAGGAGGAGUUAUGUAGAUUACAGAUGAACAUUCUGGAGUGGAGGAGAGAAGAGAGAGGAGAGGCACAAGCACAGGCAGGGCAGGGGAGCGCAGGCAGCCAGGCAGCAAAGGCCUUGCCGAGCAGGAGCAGGAGGGGGAGGAGGAGGAGGAGGACACAGAGGCGGCUGCUGUGCAAAGGGAGAAGCCUUGCAGGAGCUGCAGCUGUACUUGGACGCCACAUUCUCCCCUUACGGGACCGAAGAUGAGUAAGAGCUGACCCUGCUGCUGCUGCUAUCUGUGUUGUGGAGUGAAGUGUCUUGUUUCUCCUCCUCUUCCUCCUCCCCUGUUGUGGGUGAACCUGUAUUAAGGGUUCUUCACCAACACUGGGGACUGUUGGUUUGUGUAAGGGGACGGAGAGAGAGAGAGCAGAGAGAAAGAGGCUCUUCCAUCCACUGAGGCGCAGUUCACUAUGAUCUUACUCGCAUUCAGCGCUGGAAGCCGGUUGGAUUUCGUACAUCAUCCCAGGGUGUUUUUCUUGCAAACCUUGCUUUGGAUUUUAUGUGCCCCCGUGUGCACAGCGGAGCAGUAUUUCAAUGUGGAGGUAUGGUUACAAAAGUAUGGCUACCUUCCACCAACUGACCCCAGCAUGUCGGUGUUACGCUCUGCAGAGACCAUGCAAUCAGCUAUAGCUGCCAUGCAGCAGUUCUAUGGCAUUAAUAUGACAGGAAAAGUGGACAGGAACACAAUUGAUGAUAUCACCUUAAGUUGGAUGAAGAAGCCUCGAUGUGGUGUGCCUGACCAGAGAAGAGGUAGCUCCAAGUUUAACAUUCGUCGAAAACGAUAUGCAUUAACGGGACAGAAGUGGCAACACAAACAUAUCACUUACAGCAUAAAGAACGUCACUCCAAAAGUAGGUGAUGCCGAAACUCGCAAAGCCAUUCGCCGUGCCUUUGAUGUGUGGCAGAAUGUAACUCCUCUGACAUUUGAAGAAGUUCCUUACAUUGAAUUAGAAAAUGGCAAGAGGGACGUGGAUAUUACAAUAAUUUUUGCAUCUGGUUUUCAUGGAGACAGUUCUCCCUUUGAUGGGGAGGGAGGAUUUUUGGCCCAUGCUUACUUCCCUGGGCCAGGAAUUGGGGGAGACACUCAUUUUGACUCAGACGAGCCAUGGACUUUGGGAAAUCCUAAUCAUGAUGGAAAUGAUCUAUUUUUAGUUGCAGUGCAUGAACUGGGGCAUGCUCUAGGCUUGGAGCAUUCCAAUGACCCUACUGCAAUCAUGGCUCCAUUUUACCAGUAUAUGGAAACAGACAACUUCAAACUACCUAAUGAUGAUUUACAGGGCAUUCAGAAGAUAUAUGGUCCACCUGACAAGAUCCCACCACCAACAAGACCUCUGCCAACAGUGCCCCCGCAUCGUUCUGUCCCUCCAGCAGACCCUCGGAAGAAUGACAGGCAGCCUAAGCCACCUCGGCCGCCCACUGCUGACAAACCUUCCUAUCCUGGAGCCAAACCAAACAUCUGUGAUGGGAACUUCAACACUCUAGCUAUUCUUCGCAGGGAAAUGUUUGUUUUCAAGGAUCAGUGGUUUUGGCGUGUUAGAAACAACAGGGUGAUGGAUGGAUACCCCAUGCAGAUUACCUACUUCUGGAGGGGUUUGCCUCCAAGUAUCGAUGCAGUCUAUGAAAACAGCGAAGGGAAUUUUGUUUUCUUUAAAGGUAACCAGUUCUGGGUCUUCAAGGAUACCACUCUCCAGCCAGGGUACCCUCAUGAUUUGAUAACACUUGGAAAUGGAAUUCCUCCCCAUGGUAUUGAUUCAGCAAUUUGGUGGGAGGACGUUGGGAAAACCUACUUCUUCAAAGGAGAUAGGUACUGGAGAUACAGUGAAGAAAUGAGGUCUAUGGACCCUGGUUAUCCCAAACCAAUCACAAUCUGGAAAGGUAUCCCAGAAUCUCCUCAGGGAGCCUUUGUCCACAAAGAAAAUGGCUUCACAUAUUUCUACAAAGGAAAGGAGUAUUGGAAAUUCAAUAACCAGAUGCUUAGGGUGGAACCUGGAUAUCCCAGAUCCAUCCUCAAGGAUUUUAUGGGUUGUGAUGGACCAACAGACCGGGACAAAGACCGACACAGCCCUCAAGAUGACGUGGACAUUGUCAUCAAACUGGACAACACAGCCAGCACUGUGAAAGCCAUAGCCAUUGUCAUUCCCUGCAUCCUGGCCUUGUGCCUCCUUGUCUUGGUUUACACUGUAUUCCAGUUCAAGAGGAAAGGAACACCCCGUCACAUACUGUACUGCAAACGCUCUAUGCAAGAGUGGGUGUGAUGUAGGGGGUUUUUGGUCUCCCAGGAGUUUGUAGUAACUUGAGAUUCAACAUAAGAGCUGUUGUGUGGUUUCCUAGCUAGGAGCAGGAAUCUGUCAGCCUGAAUCAGAGCUGAUCUUUAAAACCCAGGGGGUUGCCUGUCCUGCACAUGAGUGGGGAUUCACUCUACUGGGAAUCUUCCAUGAUAGACAGAAUCUGCCGUUUUUUCAGUCCUUUGUCUUUCUUUGUCAUUUGGUUCCAGACCUUUCCUCUGCACGCUCAAUACCCAAUAAACUAUCAGGAUUAACUAAUGAAGAGGAAAAAAGAAAAGAAAAAUCCAGUGUUUCUACAGUUUUUCCCCUAAAGCCUGUUCCCCUUUGAAAAUAAUUUUGCUGAAAGUAAACGUUUUGUUUUGUUUUUUUUUAAUUAAAAACAACACAACAACCCACAUUGAACUUUCAGGAAAGUGUGAAGACCCAAACAGCUUUGUCUCCAAAGAGGACUGCUUUCUGUCUGCUAUGGAUAUAGUUGUAUACUCCUACACACGAUUUUUGUCAAGUGGGAGACCAGGAUGACAUGCAGGACUUCAGACUGUUCGGACAGCCAUUUUCCAACAAACAAGGGGCCAAAAUAUCUGCAAUAUUGUAACAGCCUUAAUGAUACAUUCAUUUUGUGUUUUAUACAGCUGUUCUGAGCUACGUCCUCAAUGUUUUAACACAUUUAUAUUCAUUACUAUAUUUCAAACGGAACCUUUUUAUUGUUUCUUUCUUUUGUUCAUUUUCCUGCAUCAUUUUUUUCCCAAGCUGUACCAGUCCAACUGCCCCAGGCCUUUCAUAGGUCUGUCAGGAAUACUCAUUCCAAAGCAUAGUGAAAAAAGCAUGCCUCUGAAGUGGAUUGCAAUGAACUAAAGUGACAGUCAUGUUAUAGAGAAAAUUGACACUAGCAUUAUAUUGGUGAACCCUUUGAGAACUAUAGGAUUAGCUUUUAGAGUCUGAAGGAUGCUAAUCUUGGUUGCCAUGGAAGUAUAGAACUGCAGAAGCGGUAUGUGGAAAUACAGGUUAAUGAAAUUCAGGUUUUUAAAACAGAUAUCCUAUAAGUGUAAGUAAGGGCUUUUAAUUACUUGCAUUAUUGAUAAAAAUCAUUUAUAACAAAUGAACAGAAACAAAAAUAUAUUUGCCAGCUACUUUCUGGUAAAAUAAAUACUUAUUUUAAUAACUUGUAGCACUCACAUAGGAUUUUUUGAACUGGCUAUAGUUUUACUGCUUAGCCUUUUAUCUUAGACCUAUUGAAUUUCUGUUUUAAACUAUGUUGCAUGAUAAUUCAAUUUGCCUUGGUAAAUGAAUACAUGAAGAUAGUGUUCGAAAGGAAAGUUAAAAUGAUGACUCUGAUGUUGCAUGAAUAUCGGGUGAAUUACCUAUUGCAUGUUUAACAUAGUUCUCAAAGGGUUAGUCAGAUCUCUGGCAUUUAGCUCUACAUUAAAUCACUGACAGAGCCAAGGGACCACCAAAGCAUUUUGUCAUUGUGUGUAAUUUGUGCUAACAGCAGUAUUGUCAUUUUCAUGUGACCUGCAGAGCAGGUUUGUAUCAAUAUUUUUUUCCUAGAGAAAAGUCAGUAACUGACAGACCUCUUUAUUGAUUUUAGGAGCUGCUUCUUGCAGUGAUAGGCUUUACAGUCAUUGGGCUGUGAACUUAUUAGAGAUGGUCAGAAUGAAUGCACCCCAUGAGUCAGACACCUGGCUUUGUAUGAAAGCCAGGAUUUGAGGGGAGUCGCUUUUGAAAUAAUGAACAGCUUGCCUUGAAUUUGAUUAUUGAUCUGUUGACUGUCAUUACCAAGUUAAACAUUGUCUUCUGUGAAAAGCUUCACUGUCUGAAUUUCCUUAAAUUGCACUGUCCUAUGUCUUUGCUCUUUGACCUUUAACUUGCAAACUGGCACAAACUGAAGAUAAUCUGGUGUUGCUAAUCAGUUUGGAUUAGUUUUUGUUUUUAAAUGGCCUGAUAUUAAUUAUC